CAUUUUAUAGAUAAAUACUGUCGCAAAGACUCCGUCGUUUUCGACAAACACGUAAUGCGAUAACAAAAUAUUCAAUAAGAGACGAGCCCUAUCCAUUUUUUAGCCGACAACUAUUUUUCCCGCCUAUUUCAUGAUCGUUGUGCUACUCGAAUUAAUAUCAAAAAAGAAAUUUACGUGGAAAAAUAGACACGUUAUGUUACUCACUCGAAGCAGUGUAUUCGAAUUCAUUUCAAGCAGUAAUUACAAAUAUCCUCUCGUGUCAAGAAAAAAUAAACCAAUAAGAAAUUAGUCACGUGACAAGCAAAGUCGCCCUUAUUGUUUUGCACGUCCUAUGCAGGUGUAACGAGUAUACUUGGUAAAUAGAAAUUACGAGCAUGAAUUCUGAUUCUUUUCUAGAAUAAUGUUCCAAAAUCGUUCAUUUGCCCAUCAAGGUUUUAAGUUUGUACGGAUUAACGCAGACCAUAUAUGUACCAUAUAAUAGUUCUCACUCGUAAUUUUUCGUAAAAUUCCAAGUAUGUCGAAAAUAACUGGAUACGAUACGCAUGAUGACGGGCCAGGUUUUGUUGGUAUCAGAUUUUGUCAAGAAUGCAAUAAUAUGUUGUAUCCUAAAGAAGACAAAGAAAACAAAGUACUAAUGUAUGCUUGCAGAAAUUGUGAUUUUAAGCAAUUGGCUGACAGUAAUUGUAUAUACGUGAACAAAAUUAUGCAUGAAAUUGAUGAACUAACACAUAUCGUAGCAGACGUAAUAUCUGAUCCCACUUUACCAAGAACAGAAGAACAUCCGUGUCCUAAAUGUAAUCACAGAGAAGCUGUAUUUUUCCAAGCACAAACGAGACGAGCAGAAGAAGAAAUGAGGUUAUAUUAUGUGUGUACUAAUCAGCAUUGUUCUCAUAGAUGGACAGAAUAAAAUUUAACAAUAUUUUUCUCUCAG